CGACGACCACUCCCUAGGAUAAGACCUGGAGGAAUUCAUUUAUGUGGGAGGAUGUUUUAAAUGGGUUGUGUUUUUUUCCCUUGCUUCUCUCUCGUGCCGUUACGUGGACCUUUCCUUAUUUUUGCUAGCCUUUCCCUAUAGAUGGAACAUUUGCAGCCAGGGUGGCAGAUGUUGCGGCAAGACAGAAAGAAGGUGUGUGAAGAGUCCUUAUCCUCCAGGAUAGAGAUGAUGAGUGUGGGAGUCAGUACAGAGCCCUGCCAUGCCAGGUGGGAGCUAGAGACAGAUGCAACUGUCCUACAGCGGCGGCAAAAGCAGAUAGAUUAUGGCAAGCGCACACCUGGUUACCAGUGCUUUCUGCAGCAGGUCCCCAAGGCACAGCGACAGCCAGGACUUCACCCUCAAACACCAAACAAGAACAGGAGGUACAGCCGUCGCUCCUGGGAUGCCCAGAUCAGGAAGUGGAGAAGAGCCCUACAUUCCUGGGACCCUCCCAGCCAGCCUCUGCAGGUUGAGGGGUGUGGAAUGGACAAUUUCUUAGAGCCAACCGAUUCCACCCCUUUGGAUGACUGGGUCCAGGCCCUGGAACCCUCAGAGAAUCAGGAUGAAGACUAGGAGGGAGCCCAGUUUGCAGAUUUGGUCGCUCCUGCCUUCUCUGUCUUUCUGAGGAAGAUUCCCACCACUGGCUCUACCUUUGAGCUGGUCACAAUUACUUAUCUGCCCCAGACUUCAGCGGUGCAUAAAAUAUUUAGGGAAAACGUGUCUUUUAGGGGACUUCUUGCUGAAUGUAAUAGUGAAGAUUACUUGCAGUACUUCUGCUUUCCAAUUGAUUAAAAAUCUAAAACUCUGUCCUACAAAGUGAUCAUAACACGAAGUCAUUGUUUAAAACCUCUCCUUUCCCCAUGUUUUACCCUCUGUCUAAACCUUCUUUGAUAGCUGAUACUCAAAUUUACUUAAGAGCCAGAAACCACCUAGCUGUUCCACAACCUCUUCACCUACCAACUGCUGCAUUCAGUCUCUUCAAAAAGGACUUAAACUUUGAGUAGGAGGCAGUGGUAGCGAUGGAGAUUUAAUAAAAGGUGCUUUCCUCUCCCUGAAGAGGAAUAUAGCACUAUCAAUAUCUUUUCCCCCAGAGACCUGUUUCCUCCCUCCCAGAAAGGUUUAAAGGGGUCCAGCUGCAACUACCGUACUUUCCCCUCUCCCCCCUCCCCCACGCAAGCAACUGAACCGCCUAUGAUGUCAUAAUCACAAUCCC